AUGCCGCGCGGUCGGUUGUCGAACGGGAAACGCGGGCCGACACUGCCUAAGCGUUUGAGCGUGGCCAAGAAGGGAAACGAGGUGGUACAGCAUGAGCAAGAUGACGGCACUGGUGCAGAGAGUGCUUCAUCGUCCGAGCGCAAUGAAGAGGAUGGCGAGGCAGACUCAGACACAUCGGCCUCAGCCUCACCCGAAGAAUCUGGCGAACCUGCCACUGGAGGGAAGACGGCCGAUGAUGGGUGUGCGGGAACCGCUUCACCCAAAGCAGACGGGCGCGAAAGUUGGGGCGCGGGGGAGACGGAUGUGUUUCGGGGCGAAGGUCGAGGACAUGUGGACGUGCAUGUAGACCGCGCAUGCGGGACCCCAGUGGACACCGACGGCGAUGACGUGCGCAUCUCGAGCAGGGUUCUCGAGCAACUCAUCCAGGCUCAGGACAGGAGCGCCAAGGAGAACGCGCGGUUGGAGGCGCUGUUCUUGAAUGCAAUGGCGCAGCCUUCUGGUGGAUCUCGUAAGCAAGCUCUAGUGCUGACGAGCUGGGCGCACGACAGGGAUGGCAUGCUGUUUGCCUCCCGGGUGUUCGCGACAUGUCCGAAGGCUGCCUUCAAGCCAAAGAAGGCAGGGCUGGUGAUGACCCUUAAGGUCUCCGAAUGCGUCCUCUACUGGGAGGCGCGGAAAGGCCGGCUCUCCAACUUGGCGGGCGGGAACGCCCACGUUGUGGAUGGGCUCAAGGUCCUGGUCAAGGAGGCCGUGGAGAGGGCGAUCCGUAUCCGCAACCCCGAGUAUGACGCGGAGCGCGAGGCGUGGAUUUGGGGGCGCCAUGGCCUGCGCAUCUCUGCGUGCGGCCUGGAGCACAUGAAGCCCGCGGCCGCCGCCCAGUCCGAAGGCAUCGUAGGGGAUGACGACCUUUCGGCAUCAGAAAAAUGUCAGCCCAGUUUGGGGCAGUAA